AAAAACUUUAAAUGUCAACUUCAGCAAGGGAGUUUCAGUUUGAUGUGUUGGAAUUUAUUUAAUUUUUAUUAAAUACGAUCAAUUUCAAUAAAUUCAUUGUAAGAAAAAGAAACCAUGACUACAUUUGACUCCAAAUAUGAUAUGUUUCCAGCAGGCGAUGUGGGCGUGGUGGAGGGAGAGAUGAACAUCCCCACACAGGGCGGCGCCUCCGGAGAGGGCAUGGAGUUCAACACACUCGACGAACCUAUUAAGGAAACAUUUCUCCGAGAUUUAAGAGCAGUUGGCAACAAAUUUUACCAUGUACUUAUUCCUAGAGAAAAGUCUAGUUUAUUGAAAGAAUGGGAUCUGUGGGGCCCUCUUCUGCUGUGUACAUUCAUGGCGACCAUUCUCCAGGGCUCGGAGCGAGCGGACAAGUCCAACGACGGCGGGCCGGAGUUCGCCGAAGUCUUCGUUCUAGUCUGGAUAGGGGCAGCUGUUGUUACGUUAAAUUGCAAACUCCUUGGGGGAAACAUCUCGUUCUUCCAAUCAGUGUGCGUGCUGGGCUACUGCCUGUUCCCGAUCGCGCUGGCGCUAGUUGUGUGCCGCGUGAUCCUCUUCGCGUCGCAGACCACGUUCCUCUUCUUCCUGAGGCUCGUCAUAUCGCUCGUCGGCUUCGUGUGGGCCACGUUCGCGGCGACAAAGUUCCUCGGCGACAGCCAGCCCGAAGGCAAAAAGGCGCUCGCGGUGUACCCUAUAUGCCUGUUCUACUUCAUCCUGUCCUGGCUCGUGAUGUCCCACAGCAACGUAUAGACCGGGACAAGGGACAUGUGGUAGUUAAGACACACCCUCGGCUUGCUCUCGAUAGUAUAAACCUGCCAAUUUUGUGAUAAUUUGGAGUCGGUGAACGAAAGUUUUAUGGAAACCACAAUAUUUAUGUAAAGUAAAGAUUGGUGUUGUUUUAAGGUGUAUCUGUCACCGUAAAAUUGUCAAUUCCGUCAGAUUAUAAUCGGACGUAGUUAAAUUACAAUCUAACCUAACCUAACCCACUGCGCCCCACUGUUAGUUUACCAUCUAACGCGUUAUAUUAUAUACUGACCGAGUUCACAAUUUCACGUUGACAUAUCAACAUUACCGGCAAAUGUGUACCUACUAUCCGUUCGCGAUAAGUUUGCCGCUGGCGAUAUGACGUCACUCCAAGAAAAGCGUCUAUAACUAUAGCAAACUAUAUUGAAAAUAUUUUUUAUUGAUUAAUAAUGAUAGAAAUUGUGUAUUUGCGUAAAGUAAAGCACUUAAUUGCGUUUAAUCAUUAACUAAUUACGUUUAAUCGCGGUUGGAGGAGGGGACGCACAUUCCACGGACCGGCAAACUUAGCGCGAUCGGAUAGUAAAGUAUGUAUGUAAAAAUGUUUCGCUUAAAUUUUGAAAGAUAUGCACGACAAACCCGCAACUGGUCGCUUCUCAAAAUCAAUGCGUUAAAUAUUAAUAAAAAUCUUACAAAUCAAUUAAUUCAAUCGCAACUGUACAAUUCUAUUUGUCUCGAAUCUUUGACGUUGGGCAAUUCUAUAAAAAUUUCGUUCACCGAUUAACGAGCUAACCAACGAUAGCUCACGAUUAGAUUUGACAGCAGUAUUAUAUUAAUCGAAAGCAAAACCGACGGGUAGAGCGAAGCGCACGGCUGAAUUACGACACGAAAUCAUCUGAUUUGACUUUUAGGGUUCCGUAGUCAUGACAGUGACUUUUAAUUUAAGUAACGAUGCAUUUGUGUAUGUGUAUUUUAGUAACGAUUUUAUAGUUGUCACUAUAUUUAUCAAACAAUUUCUCUUUUUAAACUUCUUGAAAGCUAGUCAAAAACUACGAUGUUAAAUCCAACAGACUUCUUUAACAAUAGUUUAGGAGCAUGGCGUGGCGUAAUAAGGUAAAGGUGGAAAAUAAAAUCAUCAAAAUAAUUAUACAUACAAAUGACAGUGCAAUAUUUAUUUUAUCUCUCGACGUUAUUUAGUAUAUUAUGUAGUUAUUCAAAAUGUUAGUUCGUGGUGCCAAUAAACCACAAAAUGCGGAAAAAUAUGAACAAGGGCACUUGCUAUCUUUAAUAGUUGAUCGUAUUUAUAUCAAAUCAUGUGAUUGACCAGCGUGACUCGUGAGGCCGUGCGAAACUAUCGUAAAACAUAUUUAUAUCAGUUAGAAUUUAAUAUGUGAAUAAACUUUCGAUCCGUCAUGUAUUUAUUGUUUCGAAGUGUUACUCGUGUUAUUGUGUUUUUACCAGCACAAGUGAGCAUUCCAAUUUUUAUUAUAAUAGUAAUUAAUGUAAAGACACAAUUUUGUAUAUAGUAUCGAUUAAAACGCUAUUUUCUGUC